UACCAUAUACCAGCCGUCUGAGUCUUCCUCUGCUCAUACAAUUAGGCUGACUCCCUCCUCAGUGUUGUUUUCAGGGUGAAAGACAUUACUUUCCCUUAAUUAGCUGGAACUUAGAUUUGUUAAAAAAAAUGACUUAAUCUUACAGCAUGGACGUCAGUAUUAUAUCUGUUUCCUUUAUUCCGUGAUGAAGGUUUUAUUCCCCUUCAGAGUGGUUCCGUUUCAUGCCGGUUGAUUUGUGAAGUGUUUACGUUAAUCCAGCUCCUUUCAAACGGCGCCAAAUGAGAGACUGAAAAGGUGAGGAUGCUGUGAUGAAUUCACACAGAAGGCACAUGGGUUUGAAAUAUCUAUUCUUUCUGGCUUGGGAAACAAGAAGGACUGGAAGGACGUAACAAAAGGAGGGGAGUAACAGGAGGUGAAGGUUACCUCUCACUGUAGUUUCCCUGCCACUACCAUGAGUUGGAGUUUCCUGACUCGUCUGCUGGAAGAAAUCCACAACCACUCUACAUUCGUGGGCAAGAUCUGGCUCACGGUUCUCAUUGUGUUCCGUAUUGUGCUGACGGCCGUGGGAGGCGAGUCCAUCUACUACGAUGAGCAGAGCAAGUUUGUCUGCAACUCAGGGCAGCCUGGCUGCGAGAACGUCUGCUAUGACGCCUUCGCUCCUCUCUCGCAUGUACGGUUCUGGGUUUUCCAAAUCAUACUGGUGGCCACGCCCUCACUCAUGUAUCUGGGCUACGCUGUCAACAAGAUCACUCGGGCAGAGGAGCAGACAGGGGGAGUGGGAGCGGGUGGGUAUUCACGUAGGAAAUCCAAGAAGCACUACCUGUCAGGCAGGAGGCAGCACAGAGGCAUUGAAGAGGCAGAGGAUGACCAAGAGGAAGACCCGAUGAUCUACGAGAUGGCAGAGGAGAGUGAUGGUGGAGGAGCAGCAAAGGAAAACAGUGGGGAGGGACAAGUGAAGGUGAAAGUACGUCAUGAUGGGCGGCAGCGUAUCAAAGCGGAUGGACUGAUGCGUAUUUACGUGCUCCAGCUCUUGGCCCGAUCCCUGCUGGAGGUGGCUUUUUUGUGUGGUCAGUACGCUCUGUAUGGUUUCGCUGUUCCUGCUUCCUACGUGUGCUCAGACCUGCCCUGCCCUCACAGCGUUGACUGCUUCGUGUCACGGCCCACUGAGAAAACCAUCUUCCUCCUCAUCAUGUACACAGUCUCCCUGCUCUGCCUGGCGCUCAACAUAUGGGAGAUGCUUCACCUGGGUGUUGGAACCAUCUGUGAGAUUGUUCGCUCUCACAGGUCAGAGCUCUCUGACGAGGAGCUGUAUGGGCUCACACGUGAACAUGGAGCUCUGAACGAGGCCGGUUUAAGCGGAGAGGAUUACAGCAGCUACCCUUUUUCUUGGAGCGCACCAUCAGCUCCACCCGGGUACAACAUUGCCAUCAAGCCUCAUCUUGUAUCUACAGGACAACCGCUACCCAUCACCGAUCUCAGCAAUGCCAAGAUGGCGUGCAGGCAGAACCAUGUGAACAUAGCCCAGGAGGAGCGCCAGCAGUACACCAAUAAUGAUGAAAACCUGUCCACGCACAGGAUGGGAGAUUCACCCAAAGGCGUUCAAAAGGACAUCCAUGAGCCUCAGAGCAGGCCGGAGGCUGACAGUCAGGCCUACAGCCAGCCACAGAGCCACAGUAAUAACCACAGCAAGCCUCACAGAGAACGCAAACACAGACCGGCCUCCAAACACACCGUGAGCAAGACGGAGGCAGACAGAGGCAGCAGCACCAGCAGCAGCAAAUAUGGCGUCAUUAAGGGUUCAGAGUGGAUCUGACAUAAACACUGUGACACUUUGAAAAGUUUUAACAAUCAAAAUCUCUCUAGUUAUUAUUUGUGUGUUCAUAUUAUAAACACAUGGGCACAUCCCCAAGUUUAUGUUCUUUUUGUUUCCAUACCGUUAAGAUAGUUGCAGUGAAUCUACCUUGUGCCAGCCAGCAGUCAGUCAAUCCAGUGAACACGUAGCACUUAAAUAAUCUGCUACAAAUACAUACACAUGGAGAAUACAAGGGUUUCUAAAUGUGUACAUAGUAAUACAAAUAUGCAAAUCUGUUUUUAAAUCAGGAUAAAUAUGAUUAUUUUGCACUCUUGUAAAUAUCAGGACUUUAAGAUAACUUGACAACAGUAUCCAAAAUAAAACCACUUUCACCCUUUAGUAUUAGCUUCAAAAGGACUGGUUGAUAGUGUUACCUUAGUACAUAUGGCAUUAAUAUUUAGGUUUAAUUAGCCUCCAGUACAUUGACUCUGCUGCUGGGGAUUUGAAAGAUAAACCAGUAAAAGUAACACAAAAGGAACAAGAAGAUGUGACCAUUUUGUUUUGCAGCAAAGUGGUAUAAAUAUUUGUUGCCACUGUGUUCUUUGUUCAGUUUCUACAGGAAGCUGUCGGUGCUGUCGUUGAUUCCUGGUGAAUAUGCAGAUGCCUCUGUGCUGUAACCUAAGAUGCCUUACUAAAACAGUCAAAGUGCUUCAUUGACCUUAAAUACAACUAAUGAAUGAGGCAUUAUUUCUCCAAAAGGUUUUUAUCACUUGACUGAAAACCGAUAUUACUGUCUACUAUUGAAAUAGCCAUACAGGGGUUGAGCUUUAAGCAAUAUUGUUGUAAAAUAUGCACAAUUUUAUCAUUAUUUACACCAGGUUUGAUUUGGAUCGAUGUUUUCCAUAGGCAAAUUUUCAGUUUAUUAGUUUACAGUGUUGCUGUGCUAUUUUGGAAAGGCAAAAUAAGCCUCAACGUUGUUUUGAAUCAAUGUCAGUGGGAGUUUUGGGAGAGUGUAAUGGACUGAGUUCUAUGUUCAAACUGUCACAUUGUUGAGCUGUUGCAAUAUUUGCCAUAUACUUUUUGUUGUUUUAGUUUAUUCUAUGAAGAUUUUCUAGGUUAGACUAGAAGGUUGUGUAUUGAACAAAUUUUCCAUUUUUUUUGCCAGUGCACCUUGCCUGUUGUGUUUUUUUUUCAGGCCUUGUAUAGCCUUCUUCUUUAUUUAGACAGAACUUUUAUUCGCAGAUUUUCAAAUUGAAAUGCCAUUGAGGCUACUCCCUCGCACUGUGCCAGUGUUUUGUGAAAGAUAUUUUUGUAAACGAUAAGUGCAUGUUUUGAAUAAAGAAAUUGUAUUAUC